GGCUAACCUGUAUUGUUAUCGUGUGCAAUGGUACGGUCGUACCGUCAUACGGUAUGCAAUGUACGAAGUGAUCAAUUUCUAACCUAUACAUGCGGAUCUGUCACUCUUGAAGCAUAAAUUCCAAUUGUUGAUCGAGAACCGAUACAUCCGAUAUUUCAGAAGAAAUCGACAAACCAUGAAAUUCAGAUUUUUAGGCGAUGGGGAUUGCCCCGAUUGGUUGCUGGCUGAGAUCAACACGUUGUCACGUAUGACAUCGAUCAAAAUCAAAAUACUGGGUCAAACGGUUGCAAAGUAUCUUACGGAGAGAGAUCUCGAUGAAGAGAAGGUCAAAAAAAUUACUCAAGACGCUAAGGUUGAAUUAAACGACGCAAAGGCUAUGGUGGCAGCUCUCGAAUUAAUUUUCACAUCGUCCGCCCGAUAUGGUGUUUCCGCUGCUGAUCUAAGCAGUGAAUUGCAGCAACUGGGACUGCCUCGAGAACACAGUGCUGCGAUUGCCAGACUACAUACGGAUCAUUGCCCUCAAAUUACGGCUGCACUUUCAUCGCAGUCUUUAAGAGUCAGCAGAUUAUCGUCGAUCGAAGUUCUAUCCUGCGACAAUUCCUCGCCAUUCUCCACGGUGUCCCUCAAAUUGAAGAAACUGGACGGAAACGUAGAAGAUUCCGUUAUUAAUAUAUCAAAAAAGGACGUUCAUGUCCUACUGACAGAGCUACGAAGAGCCAAAUCCUUGAUGGAAAAUCUCUAAAUACUUGAAAAUUACGUUCUAUGCAACGGUACACGCAACACGAUCGCCUUCGUCGAUAAGAAUAUUGUAAACUAUGUAACGUCGCGAAUAAUAACAUUGUAAAAUGAAAA